CAAAACCCGAUAGCCGGAAUAUUGAUAUCCUGCAUAUACUACUGACUGGAAAGUCAUGUCCACGAAAAUCAGAUGCAACACGUAACAAAAACAAGAUCAAUCCGGGUGGGAGACAAGCCAACCACGUCAUUAACUACAAAAUGGUAUGUGACCUUUUUCAGGUAUUCCUUCGGCUUGCAUGCUAACCAACAGGACUUUGAAACCGCCGAGGAUACCGAUGGCGUGAGACUCACGUGGAACGCCAUUCCGCAGAAGCAGUUCGACGCUACGCGUUGCGUGAUCCCGCUCGCUUCGCUCUACACGCCGCUCAAGUACCGUGAAGAUCUCGCCAUCGUGCAGGAAGAAGUGCUUCCGUGCUCCCAGUGCAAGGCGAUUAUCAACCCGUUCUGCCCCUAUGACCCCGCCUUGGCCACGUGGAGCUGUGCGUUCUGCCACGCGCGCAACCGUGCGCCGCCGCACUUUCAGCAAACCCAGAGCAUUCCUUCAGGUACCGCCGCAUCUACCAUUGAGUACGUUUUGCCGAACCGCGACACGCGCCGCAUCAAAACACCGCCCAUUUUUGUCUACGUGGUGGACUCUGUCAAUGACGAGGAAAACCUUGCCGCGUUAAGGGAAUCUUUGAUUCUCAGCAUGAACUUGCUUCCGCUGGACGCACUCGUGGGCUUCAUUUCCUACGGCCGCAAUGUCUCUGUCUACGAGCUCGGCGCUCCCGACGCCAUCCGCACCUUCGCGUUCAACGGUACCAAGGAGUACACCGCAGAGCAGGUCACCAAGACGCUCGGGCUUCUCUCGGCGGAUUUACGCCAACAGGAACAACAGUAUACGGCUGCCAUCAACGCGCGCUUCUUCCAGCCGGUGGCAAUGGCAGAAUACCAGCUCACCACCAUCAUGGAGGAGCUCAUUGGCGACGCGUUUCCCUACAAUGUCAAGCGCCAGAGGCCCGCGCGUUGUACAGGUGCAGCGCUCAACGUGGCCCAGUUACUCGUGGCCAACUGUGCCGCAAAGACAGGCGCACACGUGAUGCUUUUCGCUGGUGGUCCGUGUACGACCGGUCCGGGCACGAUCGUUUCGGCCGAGCUCAAGGAGGCGAUGCGUUCGCACCACGAGAUUAUCGCUGAGAGCCCCAAGUACUUUGCCAAGGCGCGCCACUUUUACGAUGCAUUGGCACAGCGGUUUGCGGACGUGGGCCACGCAGUUGACGUGUUUGUCGGCUGCUAUGACCAAGUCGGCUUGUACGAGAUGAGCAGCUUGCCGGACAAGACCGGCGGGGUGGUAAUUCUCUCGGAUGCGUUCGCUACCGCAAUCUUUAAGCAGUCGCUCGUGCGGAUGUUCAGCAAGAGCGAGGAUGGUGUGUUGGAGUUUGGCCUCAACGCGUCCUUGGAGGUGAAGGUGAGCAAGGAGUUGAAGUUGAACGGGUUGAUCGGGCACGCCGAGUCGUUAAAGAACAAAAAUGCCAGUGUGUCUGAGAUGGUGGUAGGCACCGGCGGCACCGCUGCCUGGAAGUUGUGCAAUGUGGCGCCUCAAUCGACCUACGGCAUCUACUUCGAGGUGAAUGGCAACGACACUCAGCUCAAUCCCGGCCAGGUCACCAACGCUUUCAUCCAGUACAUUAUGCACUACGAGAACCCCGUGGGGGAGAACCGUUUGCGUGUCACCACCAUUGCCAGGCCGAUCGUGCCUGCCACGAGUCCUGCAUUGGUUUCCAGCUUUGACCAGGAGGCGGCUGCUGUGUUAAUUGCACGCCAGGCCGUUAGCAAGUUGCACAAGGGGCAAGACGCGGGCGAUGUCAUCAAGUGGUUGGACCGCAUCUUGAUCAACAUGUGCAGCCGUUUCGCGGAGUAUUCCAAGAACAACGUGGCCACCUUCCGUCUCGCGGCCAACUUCUCGCUCUUCCCGCAAUUCAUGUACCACUUGCGCCGCUCGCAGUUCUGCCAGGUUUUCAACAACUCGCCGGAUGAAACCUCUUUCUACAGGCAUGUGUUCCUCACGGAGGACACCAACAAUUCGCUCAUCAUGAUCCAGCCGACGUUGACAGCAUACGAGGUGGAAUGGGCCGAGCCGCAGCCGGUGUUACUCGACUCUUUAUCGAUUACCGCCAACCGUAUCUUGUUGUUGGACACGUUCUUCCACGUUUUGAUCUUCCACGGUGAAUCCAUUGCCGCCUGGCGAAAGGCCGGCUAUCAGGACAUGGAGGACUACGCAUACUUCAAGGACUUCUUGGCGAUCCCGAAGCAGGAGGCCGCGGACUUGCUUGUGGAACGCUUCCCUCUCCCGCGGUUUAUUGACUGCGACCAGGGUGGGUCACAGGCGCGGUUCUUGAUGAGCAAGUUGAAUCCGACAACCACGUAUAAUGAUAGUGCUGUGGCGCAGGGGACGGUGAUUUUAACGGACGAUGUGAGUUUGCAGUCGUUCAUGGACCAUGUACAGAAGAAGGCAGUGGUGUAGCGAGACCGAGAGUUGUCGUUAGGUUAUAGAGAGGAAGGCGGAAGAGUGGACUUUGAGCGAGGGGGAAUGUAUUUCCACGUAAAUAUUUAAAAUGUAUAAUGAAGUUUGUCAAGAAACGGGGCUUAUGACCUAGAGAUGGAAGCGUGAAUAGCAUG